GUGUUAGUGCCUUUUUUGAAUUUUUAAUUGUCAUGCUUCUACACAUAGGCACGGCGCACGUUUUGCAGCUUGCCAUUUUUACAAUAGGCCUGUGUCGUACUGAAUUAUAAAAUGGCUUAUUUCGUGUUGGUUUAGUACCUGUAUUACCUAAAAAAAAUAUUUCAUGAUAAAAAUUAUUUUUUAAAACACGGUGUUCUAAGUUUAAAAAAAAUUAAAUCUGACGUACAAACAUAAGAUUGAAUGACGUUUGACGGUUGACGUCACAUAGUUGCAAGCGAUUGUGUUCAUUGAUUGUGUGGCGAAAGUUUGUUUUAUAAAAAUGGAAACUUCGUACUUUAAAAACUGUAUAGUGCCCCAGUGUAUGAAUACAAGUAGAAAAACUCCGACUAAAUUAUUCAUACGUGUUCCGGUGAAGGAUAAAAUGCGAAGAAAGUGGUUAAAACUGGCAAAGAGGAAUGAUGCUCAUUGUUUAUCAACAACAUCGAGAAUGUAUUUUUGUGAAGAUCAUUUCGAUUUGCCUAACGAUAUGCUGAAUUAUACCGAGUACCAUAUAAUGGGUAAGGUAUCUUAUGUGCGAAUGAAACCGGGUUGUUUACCAAGUAAAUUUGGAUGUCAAGAUGACAUAAAAAAAGAAUCCUGCAACAGUGCAGAGCGGCCAUACAUGAUAAAAAAACAAAGAAUGUCUACAAAAGCAGAGUGUUUUCAAGAAAGUUUUACACCAAGUACUUCCCUAGCACAACAACCUCUUCAAACUAGUUCAGCAGAAGAAGAAAGGUAAAAGUAACUACACUCAAAUCAAAAUGGGCCUUGGUCAAAAGUUACACCCUGCAACAGAAACUGUAUCAUCGAGUAUCCACUGUCAG